UAAAUCUUCCUUCUUGCUUUUCUGUUUCUGUUAAUGACAUCCCCACUGUCCCAGCAUCCAACCUCAAACCCAUCUACCUAUCCACCCACCCAUUCAUCUAUCUCUCUACCCAUUCACUCAUUCAUCUAUCUGUCUAACCCCAUCAUACAUUCAUUGACUCAUCCACCUGCCCCUCCGUCUAUCCAGCCAUUCACCUAUCUACCCACCCACUUACCUCUCCACCCCUCCAUCCAUCUACCAAACAAUUCUGGAGAGCUUAUAAGGACCAAGCACAGAGGAACAUCUCAGGUUCGCCCCUGACUCGGAUUUGUCCACCUCCCUUCUAAUUAGUCGUCAGUUGCUAUAGCUUCUUCUUGUCUCCUCUCUGGCCAUGCUUCCUCAUACCUCGACCCCGUCAUGCCAGGCUACUCUCAGUUCCCCAAAAGUGCCCAUCAUCUCUCAUAUUUGGCCUGUUGCACACAUUGUUUCCACAGACAGAAACUCCCAUCUGUUUGGGCAGCCCUUCCCCCUUCUUCUGUCUUAGCCUAACUUGCUGCUCAGGAAGGCUUUUCGGGCUGUUUCGGGUUACCUCCUAUGAACUCCCUUAGCGUCCUGUGUCUCCUUGGGAGCUGGUUUCACCUGUCUUCUUCACUGUCCCAUGAGAGUAAAAGCAACUUGAGUCACACUAAGUGAGAGCGUCUGGCGCAGUGGCUUCCAUACAACAGAUACUCAAUAAGUAUCUGGUAUGCAAAUGGGGGCUUACCCGCCGCCGCAGAGGCCCAGCUUGAGCCGCGCCCCACGAACAAGAUGGCAGUGGAGAGCCCGGCCGGUUCCCUGAGCCCAUGAGGGGUGAGGCGCCCUGAGGCCCCAAGAUGGGGAACGUCACCGCGGAGAACACCUCGCUGUGCGCCAUCGACCACACCAUCCACCAGACGCUGGCCCCCGUGGUCUACGUGGCGGUGCUGGUGGUGGGCUUCCCGGCCAACUGCCUGUCCCUGUACUUCGGCUACCUGCAGAUCAGGGCGCGGAACGAGCUGGGCGUGUACCUGUGCAACCUGACGGUGGCCGACCUCUUCUAUAUCUGCUCGCUGCCCUUCUGGCUGCAGUACGUGCUGCAGCACGACCACUGGUCGCACGGGGACCUGUCCUGCCAGGUGUGCGGCAUCCUGCUCUACGAGAACAUCUACAUCAGCGUGGGCUUCCUCUGCUGCAUCUCCAUCGACCGCUACCUGGCCGUGGCGCACCCCUUCCGCUUCCACCAGUUCCGCACGCUCAAGGCGGCCGUGGGCGUCAGCGCGCUCAUCUGGGCCAAGGAGCUGCUGACCAGCGUCUACUUCCUCAUGCACAAGGAGGUGGUGGAGGACGGGGACCGGCACCGCGUCUGCUUCGAGCACUACCCCCUGCAGCCAUGGCAGCGCGGCAUCAACUACUACCGUUUCCUGGUGGGCUUCCUCUUCCCGCUCGGCCUGCUGCUGGCCUCCUACCGCGGCAUCCUGCGCGCCGUGCGCCGCAGCCACGGCACGCAGAAGAGCCGCAAGGACCAGAUCCAGCGGCUGGUGCUCAGCACCGUGGUCAUCUUCCUGGCCUGCUUCCUGCCCUACCACGCGCUGCUGCUCGUGCGCAGCCUCUGGGAGGCCAGCUGCCAGUUCGCCAAGGCCGUCUUCAACGCCUACCACUUCUCCCUGCUGCUCACCAGCUUCAACUGCGUGGCCGACCCCGUGCUCUACUGCUUCGUCAGCGAGUCCACGCACCGGGACCUGGGCCGCCUGCGCGGCGCCUGCCUGGCCUUGCUCACCUGCGCCGGGCCGGGCCGUGCGCGGGAGGCCUACCCGCUGGGCGCGGCCGAGGCCUCGGGGAAGAGCGACGAGCCCGAGCUCUUGACCCGGCUCCACUCGACCUUCCAGGCCCCGAACUCGCCCGGAGCGGGGGGGUCCCCCAUGGGCGGCUUGGUCUAGCGGGGGGCCCGCCGUGGGGGGCCCGCUGAGGCCCGAGCUUGUGCUCCGCCGGCCGCCCCGCUUUGCCCAGUGCAGGUGCCUGUUUCUGCUGGAGGGAACGACGGGGCCGGGGCCGCGGCCGCGGCGAGACCUCUCUGGUCCCGGGGGAGCCCGCUCCAGCUUGCUGAGCCCGGUGGGGAUGAGCCCCGACGGUUCGUGGGUGUGGUCUGCUGCCGGCUGGGCUUCUGGGGAGGAGAGGACGGCGACCUGUCACCUCCAGGAGGUUCUCGAAGACAAGCUGGGGGAGUGGCGGGGCAGAGUGUGAGGACAUGGAGGAUGGGGAUUGGGAGAUGACGGUGGGUAUCUGGGUGCACGGGUGCCAGAAACUUGCAGUGCCAUUGUCACAGAUGACACCAGUCCAAAUGCGCCGGUGCCUCCUGGAGACACAACACAUGAAGCUGUAUUGUCAUUGUUACAGCUGGGCCACACCGCUUGUGGGAAGAGGACCUGCCAGGAGCUUGGGUGGGGACAAGGGAGGUGGGGAGGUGGCUGGGCACUGGGAGUGUCUGGUGGGGGACGGUGAAGGGAGUGACAGCAGAGGAGAGACCCCAGCUCCAGGCAGGUCUCACGUUCAGAAGGAGAGUUGAGCAGAUUCCCCAAGCCCCAGGACUGAUAGAAGACAAAUCCCAGGGCUCUCUGGGGCUCCCUGGGGCCAUGUCUGUGGUCCUUUCAAACAGCCAGUACUGAAAGUUCCAUGUCAGGACAGAAGCCUAAAGCCAGUGUGUCUGACAGAGUUCCCAACACACAGGUCCUCCUAAUUAGUUUUCUGUUUCCAACUGCCCAGAAGCACUGGACGCAGAACCCAGGGAUUGUGUGUGUGUGUGUGUGUGUGCACGUGCACACAUGAGCACAUGUGUUCAUGGUUAAAAUGCCAGGGGCUCCAAUGACAGCUGUGUGCCAAGACACUGAGGCUGGGGUUAUGGACUGCUGGCUGUGCUGCCCCCCCCCCCCCAACAGUUCCCACCUUUGUCCCCUGCCACACACCCUGUGGAGUGUCUAGCAGUCUCAGGAGCAUGACAUGCUCUCCGUGUUCUCAGAUACAAUGAAGCAAGACAGAGACACAUUCUUUAGCAUCUCUCAGCCCAAAGGCCUGGGGUUAAGCACCACAAUGAUUUAAGUAGUGCCUGGGACAAGGAGAGGCGGGGGCCCCAGGCUCAUCCUGCCUCCUUUGUUCUCCAGCACUGCUUCUCUGCCAGAUGUCCCACCUCAUCACCUGGAAGGUCCACAUGCAGCCCAGGGUACUGACUGCCAUCUCUUGUUCUGUCCCAGAAGGCUCAGUAUGGGUCUCAUUUCUCCUACAACUUUGUGCCCAACCAUUUUGAGCCUCUGCGCUGGUUAACACACCAAGGACCAGAGAACUUCUUACUGCUCCAAGGAUCUGGCCACCUUUGCAGAAACGCUAGCCCUUCAGAUUUCCUGUUCAGUGGACUGGGGCCUGCUCUGACUUCCCUCAGAGUGCUGGGAUUCAAGCUCCCUACACCCAAGGGGCUAGGUGGACUAGGUGGACACAAGCCUAGCUUGUGGGACCAGGGAUGGCAUCCCCAGAACAUUUCUGGAAUCUGCUAAAAAGAGGGCCAAGCAGAAUAUCUUCAAUCUCUCUUCCCCUCUCCUCCUGUCCUUCUCUAAGAGGCAGAUUUAUUCUGAGUCUCUUACCCUCCAAUCAGGGGUACCCAGAGGCAGAUACCCCAGAUUGGAAAUGGCUUUGGCUUUGACUGGGUAGCCCUACUCUAGUUCUUUAUGGAGGGCCUCCCGUGCCCUGGGGAGCUUCUCUCCCCCUUCCUGAAAGAGGAAGUGACCGAAUCUGAAGGUGGCAGAAAUGGUCACCCUGCCAAGAAAAGUCUUUCCAGCCCCAGACCAGAAUCUUACUGGGGCAAUGGCACUGGUUGAGGCCUCCAUGCCUCUUCAUCCCAAAUUCCCCACUAUUUUGACCUUAAACAUGGGCAUUCCCACUGGGAUGGACUGGGAUGAGCUGAGAGCGGUUCCUUUUACUAUCAAGAGUUGUAUUUUUGUAUUGUCCUCUCUUUUAUGCCAAGUAUGUGUGUGUUGGACUGUGCAAUGGAUUUAUGUAGCAAACUUGAGUCUGCAAAUAAAGCAAAGUAACCAGGCA